GGGCCGGGCCGCGCCGAGCUCUGAAGGGGCGCGGGCGGUGCGAGAGCCCUGAGGGAGCGCGAGCGAGCCCUGAGGGAGGGGCGCGCGGCUCGCGCCGGCGCCCGCCCCGCAGCGCGGGUUCACCGCGGGCGCCGGGAGAGCGGCGCUGCCGUCGGCAGAGGCGGGGGCGGCGGCGCGGGGAUCGCCCCGCCGGCGAGGAGCAGCGGGCAGGGCGCUGGUACCCAGCCUGGAAACAGUUCCUCCCUCGCAUCGGAAAUUGCAGGCGGCUUUUCUAAACAUUCACGCGCACACAGAACCCCCAAAGAAAACCCCUGAUGGCGGUGAGCGGCGCAGAUCAGCUAAACGCGAUAAGACAGAUGAUUUUCUACUCUCGAAGUUGGUGCAUGUGCGGUUUUGGCCUCUGAUUGAUCUACUUUUAUUGCUCUGCAAUCAACUUUUCGAUACUCCGGAUCUGAUGUGGGUGCUGGUGCCAGAAGAAGAGGAUGAUUGAUGGGAAACAGACACCAGCCUAUAGAUACUCACCCUCUUCCUUGGGAUACUGAUUUAUCAGUGUGUCCAGGCAUCCCCUGCGAGCCCUGAACACGGAAGAUCACUCAGGGUUAUCGACAGUGUAGCUGAAGACCUGCAACUUCACAAAUUAUUAUCUGCUGUUGGACAUCUUGUACAAGAAGCCCUGACAGAUAAGUUAUAAGACGAAGGACAAGUGCUGCAUGGCUGUGAAAGGCUGUCAUCAGGGCCUGGGUGGCUUCUACCAAAGUCUUUAACAUAGUGAAACAAACAUCCUAUCCUAACGCUUCACGUUUGAGUUGGAACCUAUUUUAUAAAUAUAUACAUUCUCUGUACAUAUAAUCUCUAGACUGCAUAUACGCCAGCACUGAGCAUCCUUACGAAGCUGACAUAAAAGGAUUUAGAAAUGUAUUUGUCAAGAUUCCUGUCACUUCACACCCUCUGGGUUACUGUAUCCUCCGUGAUGCAGCACUACCCUUCUGUGUGGGGACAUUAUGAUGUGUGUAAGACUCAGAUUUACACGGAAGAAGGAAAAGUAUGGGAUUACAUGGCCUGCCAGCCAGAAGCCAGAGACAUGAUCAAAUAUGUAAAAGUGACUCUGGAUCCCCCAGACAUAACAUGUGGAGAUCCUCCUGAGACUUUCUGUGCAAUGGGGAAUCCCUACAUGUGCAAUAAUGAAUGUGAUGCAAGUACCCAAGAACUGGCUCAUCCUCCAGAACUGAUGUUCGAUCUGGAAGGAAGACAUCCCUCUACAUUUUGGCAGUCCACAACUUGGAAGGACUAUCCGAAGCCUCUUCAUGUUAAUAUUACACUCUCCUGGAACAAAACCAUUGAGCUUACAGAUAACAUAGUUAUCACCUUUGAAUCUGGCCGUCCAGACCAAAUGAUCCUGGAGAAAUCACUCGACUAUGGACGAACGUGGCAGCCCUACCAAUAUUAUGCCACUGACUGCUUAGAUGCUUUCCACAUGGAUCCAAAAUCAGUGAGGGAUUUAUCACAGCACACAGUCCUAGAAAUCAUUUGCACAGAGGAAUAUUCUACCGGGUACAUGACAAAUAGUAAAAUAAUCCACUUCGAAAUUAAAGAUAGAUUUGCUUUUUUUGCUGGACCUCGGCUUCAUAACAUGGCUUCUCUUUAUGGCCAGCUUGACACCACCAAGAAGUUAAGAGAUUUCUUUACCAUCACAGAUCUGAGGAUAAGACUGCUCAGGCCAGCAACUGGUGAAAUAUAUGUAGAUGAGCAACACCUGGCACGCUACUUUUAUGCAAUUUCAGACAUAAGGGUAUUCGGAAGGUGUAAGUGCAACCUUCAUGCUACUGGCUGUAAAGAAGAAAACAAAAGACUACUUUGUGAAUGUGAGCAUAACACAACGGGCCCAGACUGUGGAAAAUGCAAGAAGAAUUAUCAGGGCCGACCGUGGAGCCCUGGCUCUUAUCUGCCUAUACCUAAAGGCACUGCUAAUAUCUGUAUACCCAGUAUUUCCAGUAUUGGUAAUCCUCCAAAGUUUGAUAGGAUAUGGCCGAAUAUUUCUUCCCUUGAGGUUUCUAAACCAAACCAAGACUGUGAAUGCUUCGGGCACUCCAACCGGUGCAGUUACAUCGAGCUGCUCAAUACGGUCAUUUGCGUGAGCUGUAAGCACAACACUAGAGGUCAGCACUGCGAGUUAUGCAGGCUGGGCUACUUCAGAAAUGCUUCUGCAGAGCUGGACGAUGAAAAUGUGUGCAUAGACUGUUAUUGUAACCCUUUUGGUUCAGUCCAUGAUCGCUGUAAUGACAGAGGAUUUUGUGAGUGUAAGGAGGGAACUUCAGGGCCUAAAUGUGAUAAAUGUCUGCCGGGAUAUAUCUGGCACAGCUUGGGCUGUCAACCGAACGUGUGCGACAACGAGCUGCUGCACUGCCAGAACGGGGGGACGUGCAUCAACAACGUGCGGUGCCAGUGCCCGCCGGCCUACACGGGCAUCCUGUGCGAGAAGCUGCGCUGCGAGCGGGAGCCGGGCGGCUGCGGGCGCAGCUCGGCCCCGCGCGGGCCCGGCGGGCUCCGGCCGCUGCUGCCGCUGCUGCCCGCGCUGCUCGCGGCCCGCGCCCGCUGAGGCCUCCCCGAUCGACGGGACACAGCCCCGGCCCGCCGCGGCCGUCCCUAAGGAAAAACCAGUCACAGUAACCACGUACAAACUCUAGGAAGGCCGAACUGAACUAAGCCAUAUCGCUCAGUCACGGACAGGGCUGCGAGUGGAGGGCGCUCAGCUCGGACUCGAGACACGCUGGCAGCCGCCUGUUCUGUCCGAUCCAUCAGCUGCGGGACUGACGUGGCUUCCACAGCCCCCGGAAUGGGAGAGAAUCCGGCAACAUUCGCUCCUCCUCUCUGGUGCGCUCCCGUACCUCCGCCCGGUGUGUGGACUGACCAAACCAAGGCAUUCUUUGCUGUCAGUGCAUUGUGGGUAUAAGGAAAUCUGUAAAAGCUGCCAUAUUGGCCUGCUUCAGUCCCCAAAUCCUUUCCGACCUGUGCUUUAGUGAACGUUGCUCUGUAACCCUUGUUGGUUGAAAGAUUUCUUUGUCCGAUGUUAGUGAUGCACAUGUGUAACAGCCCCCUCAAUAAAACUCAAGCCAGUCAUAUCCUUGUAUACCUUAGCAGCACUGCAUCGGUAAGAUGCUGUGUUCACCUACUGUACAAGAGUGGCUAUAGGACAAAAAGUGUAUUUAUCCUUUUGUAUUCAAAUGAAGUUAUUUUUCUUGAAAUAAUGUACAAUGUAGAUUUUUUGUAUUAUUGCCUAUUUGUGUUACCAGACAAUUUAUUAAUGUAUUUAAUUCUAAUCAGGUAAGACAAAACUAUUACUUUUUAUUUAGUCCUUUUCUUUUUCCUUUCAUUUAAUUGUGCAGAGAUUUCUCUGUAUGGGCAACGUGCUGGCAUCAAAGAAUAUCAGUUUACAUAUAUAACAAGUGUAAUAAGAUUCCACCAAAGGACAUUAUAAAUGUUUUCUUGUUGCUUUAACACUGGAAGAUUUCAAAGAAUAAAAAUUCCUGCAUAAACA